GGUGGGCGGUGGGGGGGGAGAUUUUCCUGAUGGUUUUACCAUGCGACAGGGCGUUCCUCGUGAGCUGGUGAGUGGACUGUCGGCCGGAGAGAUCCCUGGGGGCGAGAGGAGGGGCUCGACCUGGAGCGGAUUGUGAGAUGAAGAAAAGUCGAAGUGUUCUGGCCGUGACUACAGGAGACGUUUUUUUUCUCUCUCAGAUGGGCUGCGAGACCGUGGAGCUGAGCAAGUCGUGCACGUCAACGGGCAACACGCUGGGCGUGGAUCUGCGCAGGGGACGCAGGCGUUUCUCGGGUACCCUCCAGCUGCCUCCGCUGUCGUGGCGCCAGGGGGAACGGGCCAGGACCCCCGAGCGGGACCCCAUCUCCCGGCCCACCACCCUGCAACUCCGAACCCCGCCCCGGAUAGCCAUCACCCCCGUGGACCAGGACAGUUUCGAGUUGGAAAAUGGGGCGUCCGGAGGCCGGAGCCCACUGGACACACAGCCGAGCCCGGGGUCAGCGCUGGUUCUCCAGACCACCGUCCCAAGCCAGGGCCAGCGACGAGAGUCGUUCCUGUACCGCUCCGACAGCGACUACGAGCUGUCGCCCAAGUCCAUGUCCAGGAACUCCUCCAUCGCCAGCGAGAUGCACGGAGAUGACCUGAUAGUCACACCGUUUGCCCAGGUUCUGGCCAGUCUGAGGAGCAUCAGGAGCAACUUCUCCUUAUUGACCAACGUGCAGGGAGCCACUGGCAGGAGAUCCCCAGCUGGGACCCAGACUCCGUGCACCCGAAUCAGCCUGACAGAGGAGUCAUACCAGAAGGUGGCCAUGGAGACACUGGAGGAACUGGACUGGUGCCUAGACCAGCUGGAGACCAUCCAAACCUAUCGCUCCGUCAGCGAGAUGGCCUCCAACAAGUUUAAGAGGAUGCUGAACCGGGAGCUGACGCACCUGUCUGAGAUGAGCCGCUCUGGCAACCAGGUGUCUCAGUUCAUCUCCGACACCUUUCUCGACAAACAGAACGACGUGGAGAUGCCGUCGCCUACACAGAAAGAGAGAGACAAGAAGAAGAAACAGCAGCUGAUGACCCAGAUCAGCGGCGUAAGAAAACUCCGACACAGCUCCAGCCUCACCAACUCCAGCCUCCCUCGCUUUGCGGUCAACACAGAGCACGAGGACUCGCUCUCCAAGGAACUGGAAGAUCUCAACAAGUGGGGACUCAACAUCUUCAGACUGGCCGACUACUCCAGCGACCGGCCUCUCACCUGCAUCAUGUACGCCAUUUUCCAGGAGCGAGACCUGCUGAAGACUUUCCGAAUCCCCGUGGACACCUUUGUCACGUACAUGAUGACGCUGGAAGAUCACUACCACCCUGACGUGGCCUAUCACAACAGCCUGCACGCCGCCGACGUGGCUCAGUCCACACACAUCCUGCUCUCCACACCCGCCCUCGAUGCCGUCUUCACGGACCUCGAGAUUCUUGCCGCCAUUUUUGCCGCCGCCAUCCACGACGUGGACCAUCCGGGCGUCUCCAACCAGUUCCUCAUCAACACCA